AUGGAAAGCCAUAGACAUUCAUCUCAAAUCAAUUCAUUCCUCCUCCGCACGUUUCAGCAAAUUCUGCUCAAAUUUCAGCGAAUUCUGUUUGUUAGAAGAAUUUCGAAUCUGGAGAAGAGAAUCAUGGCACAGAGAACUAAAGAUCUUCUUUUUCUGAUGCUUCUCAUUGUGUGGGGUAGUUAUGUGAGUGCAACUAGAAAAUUAUUAACAGAUAGCCCAAAAGCAGAAGAGGAAGGGUCUUCAACUCCAAAGACUAUCACUUUCUUCAUGCACCACAUAACGGAAGGACCUAACCCGAUUGCCAAGCCUGGACUUGGAGUUGGAGGACUUCAAGGAAGUGGCAAUGCCAUCUCUGGCCUGCAAAUCAUCUUUGGCAAUAACAUCAACUUCAAUGGCAUUGGGAAUGAGAAUGGGAAUGGGAAUGCUGCCCAUCUCUUCCACCAACGGAGGAGUACAGGGCUCGGCUCACUCAUUCCGGGCCUUGGCCUUAAUGCACCUGGCUUAGCCCUUCAGAACUCCUUUCCAAACACAAAUAUUAUUAAUGGCGGACUAAAUCCUAAGAAUCCUCUUGUGGGGACAUCGGGUAUCCCACUGACCAAUGUGGUUGUGAUUGAGGACACCCUGACAGAAGGGCCUGAUCUUCACUCCUCUGAUGUGCUUGGAAAGGGGGAGGGAUAUUAUUUUCACUUGCCCAACCCUGCUGAAGAGGAAGAUACCAAUACAUUGUUGCUCGCUUUCACCGCCAAAUUUGAAGGUUCUGAAUACGGAGGCAGCAGCAUUGAUUUCUUAGGCAAAGACAACAUUGUAUUGUCAGAGAGGGAGGUGACAAUAGUAGGAGGAAGCGGGGUCUUCCACGGCGCUCAAGGCCAUGCUCUCAUAGAGACCGUUUCCCACACAGUCCAUGAGACAGUCCUCAAAUUCACCGUCACACUUGUCUAUCAGUAA